AAACGGCCGCAUGGAGAAAAACAAUGUGGAUUUAUUUAAAAACAAUUGAAAUGAAUUAAAAACCCUCGCCCUCUCCUCCUCCCUGCCUACCUCUGUUUAUCGUCUUCCUCGUUUCUCUCGAAAUGAAGGCGUCUCUCAAGGGCAGAUACGACUUGGACAAGAGCAGCGCCGCUGCUACACUAGCCGUUAACGCCGGCGAUGUUAAGCUCCGAGCCACCAUGACGGACGCCACCGUCGUUAAAGGCCCCAGCUUAAACGGCUUGGCUCUUGGCAUCGAGAAGCCCGGCUUCUUCAUCGUUGACUACAACGUUCCCAAAAAGGACUUCAGGUUCCAAUUCAUGAAUAGAGUGAGGAUUGCGGACAAACCCUUGGAUUUGACUUACAUUCAUCACCGAGGUGAUAAUAGGACAAUAUUGGAAGGUACUUUCGUUUUUGAUUCUGCUAACAAGUUGUCAACAAAUUACAUGCUUGGUACACCCAAUUGUAAGUUGAAGUAUACAUAUGUGCACGGAGGGAUUACUUCGUUUGAGCCAUGCUAUGAUUUGGCGAAGAAUUCUUGGGAUUUUGCUGUUUCUCGGAAGGUUUAUGACGAUGAUGUAUUUAAGGCUACUUAUCAGACAUCGAGCAAGGCUUUGGGUAUGGAGUGGUCGAGGAAUUCCAAAUUGAACGGAUCUUUCAAGAUAUCAGCGUCCCUCAACCUGGCCGAGGAACUGAAAAUGCCAAAACUAAGUGCGGAGAGUCAAUGGAACUUUGAGAUGUGACUUGGUUUUGGAUAAUCUCCAAUGUGUUCGGUUGGCCUGGUUUUCGGAUCAGGUAUUUAGGAAAACAGCUCUGUCUUGGCUGCAUUCUUGAGAUAUGCUUAAGCAUUAUCUUGUACUAUUUGUUUAUAAUCAAGCUGGUAAGCUGUCUACCAGGCAUAAACAGUUCAAUGAAAUUGUCUAUCAAACAACUUCCCUUGAUGAAUUAUGAAACUAAUUUCACUA